CUCAUGAAAAUCACAGGUUAGAAGGUGUUACAGCCAAUCAGUGAAGCUUUUAGGAACUAAUUGACACUUAUCACCAAUCACAAGUGAUCAGACAAAUCCUGGGUAUAUUACAGACCUUGACUUGUCAAAAAUCAUAAACCAAACUCAACUUGUAAACAGUUUAUGAACAGAGAGAAAAGUGAAAAGCAUAGAAUAAAAGAAUAGAUCUAAAUCUAUUGGGACUGUGAAUAAAUAUCAAGUGUGAACCAUCAGAUUAAUUGUAUGAUCUUUUACAAUGGAAGAUUUUGGUGAUCUGAAUUUGCAGGCUGAUGGCAAGCUGAGUAGUUUUGAGGACCUAUACGCAAGCAUGGACCCUGAUCUUGGCGGCAACAGCACUCGGCCAGCCAGCACUAUGAGCUUCAACUCAUGGACCUUCUCACCAAUAUCAGAGGAGGUCUCAUGCCAUGAUCAAUCUGCAGAGAUCCAUACAUCGAUCAAUCAGCAUCCAGCUACCGUGGUGCAACAGCCGAUCAGCAACAGCGUUGUCAACUAUGCCCCACAGAUGCAGCGCAACAUGAGCCAAUGUGAGUACAUGUAUCCGAAUACCAUAACCUACCACCAGCAGGUGAACAUCCACAACUUCAUGAGUGGCUACUACAUGAGACCACCUGCAUGGAAACCUGAAUACCCUUGCACCAACGUACACAACUCUGGCUACCUAGGACAACCUCCAAUACAGCAGUCAAUAUAUCACGCUGACCCACUGACUACAAUCAACACAGCUGAGCUAGAGUUUGCAAGAUGCUCGACUCCCGAGUACAUGAUGGCACUCAACUCGCUGCACCAGACAGACUCUCCCUUAAAACAUGACCACAUUUUGGCGGGAAAUUUCUCGUUUGAGAGUACCCCAGCUGGAAAAAUGAUGUCCAGCUUCAACCAGGACAGUGGCUACUCAUCUGACAUUGCAGCGUCCCCAAUCAUACAUUUACAGGAUGGCAACAUCAAGCUAGCCCACCACAAGGUCACCUCGACCCCACAACCCCCGCCGGUCCACAGGAUGACCAACAUGCCUCUAGUCAAGAAGGAGAACAUAGCCCCUACCGCUCCCAAGCUCCAGAACACAAGGUACACUGCACCUGCUGUGUACAAUGCCCACGUCGCCCUGGGCAACGAUGGACAUGUGCGCCAGGGAAUGGCUGCAAUCAAGAGCCAAGGGACAACUGACCGUGUGAUGGGAUCUUUGUUGCAGUGUGAUCAGAAGUAUUCCUUGGAUGUUAAAGCGUCUUCUUCUGAGUUGGUGCAGACGAAAGCAGAGAAAGACACUGCUAGAUUUACAAGCAUGGCCGAGUAUCAGCAGGCUAAGAAAGCGAAAACUGCAGACACAAAACGUAAAGCAUCAUCAUCCAGUGAGUAUAAUCGAAGACGCCACAACGAACCCCUGAACAACCAUGCUCUGGAUGUAAUGAACGAGUGGUAUCAAACCCACUCAGAGAAUCCCUACCCAAACAAGGCACAGAAAGAGGAGCUGUCCAAGCGUGGAGGUAUCACAAUUGCUCAGGUAAAGUCGUGGUUCGCUAACAAGCGUAAUCGUAGCAAUAACACCCGGCCGAAAAAACAGAAGCUUGAAAUGGAGGGUAGACUUAUGGAGAUCUGUCAUCAGCUCGCUAGAGAUGCCCAGAAACCAGAAAAAGACAAUGCCUAUUAUAUACAACAGCUGUCAUCCAUACUUCAUACUGCAAAACACUAACAAUGGGUGUUGUAGGGCAGUAUUUAUCCAAUAGUUCUAUCCUUGUUAUUUUUCAUUCAAUGUCUACAUGUCUUUCAUAUGUGUUACGUUACUAGUCUUUAAUAUUUGUUUGUUCAUUCUUGUUGCUUGUUGCAUUGUCUAUUACAUUUAAAUGCUAUGACUUGUCAAAACUACUUGGAUUAAUAUUUGAUUUACAUAAUGAACAUUGAUGA